UGUUCCACAUGGUGGCAUGUUUGGAUAAUUUGCAUUGACCAGCUUUUUACAUGAACUAAUCCCCUGUGCUUUUGCAGCUCAGGUGGCGUUGAUCCUGUUAGUAGAGCAGCAAGCAGCAUUGAUGCAUCAUGGAAAUUUAAUACUAAUUGCUAGUGUUGACCCACUAAGGGGCUGUGACUCACCACAUUAACCACCUUCGCCUCAGUCCCAAUACCUGCAGAGCAUAGAUUCACACACAUACUUCUCACAAACUCACAUAAAAAGUGCUGACAGCUGCAGUUAAGUUGCCAAAGCGUAGCGCUAUCUUGCAAAACCAUUUCGCAAUGCCUGCUCCUGCUUACGCUCACUUGGGUGCACUUGGGUCAAGCUGAGGCUGCCAAGGAGCAGUUCACAACUUCACACAAACACAUCCUUUCUCCGCGUCUCUCUCACACACAGACACACAUUGUUAUGUUCACUCGUUGGUAUUACCAUGCUUACAAGAUAAGUGUACUACUAAUAUCCAAGGCUGUUCCUGAACCUAAAAAGACACAACAGGUGAUGUUCUGCGCUGCAGGCAUGUAAAGGACCAUGAAAGGCUCUUUGCUUACUUACUGAAAGAGAUGAGUGCUCCGUACAAAGCCAGAAUGCAUUUGUUGGAUUGCUGCUCGGCACUUCACAAGCAAGAACAGAGCUAUGGCAUUAAGUGCAGCCAGUGUCAGCUUACCCAAGGCCUGUCCUCUCUCUCUCCAGCGGAGAUCCGGAGUGUGGAGAUGUCCCGCUGCUAACUCCAGGAAGUAAAGAGAUGAUGUCCCAGGCUCUGAAGGCCACCUUCAGCGGCUUCACAAAGGAACAGCAGCGGCUGGGUAUUCCCAAAGAUCCCAGACAGUGGACAGAAAACCAUGUGGCUGCAUGGCUAACAUGGACAGUGAACGAAUUCAGUCUGAAGAAUGUUGACUUUGACAAAUUCUGCAUGAACGGAGCCAGCCUGUGUGCGAUGGGGAAGGAGCGCUUCCUGGACUUAGCACCUGACUUUGUGGGCGACAUCCUGUGGGAACAUUUAGAAAUGCUUCAGAAAGAGGAUACAAAGCAUUACCCCAUCAAUGGACUGACCUCCAACUUCCAGGAAUCCCGUUAUACCUCAGACUACUUUGUCAGCUACGGUGUUGAGCAUGCUCAGUGUGUCCCUCCUUCUGAAUACUCAGAGCCCGGCUUCAUCACAGAGUCGUACCAGACACUUCAUCCCAUCAGCUCGGAGGAAUUGCUGACGCUUAAGUAUGAGAGUGAAUACCCCGCUGUCAUCCUACGCGACACACCCCUCAACCCGCUGCAGGGGGACUACUUCUCUGUCAAGCAGGAGGUGGUAUCCCCAGACAACAUGUGUGUGGGACGCCUGAGCAGAGGUAAGCUUGGUGGCCAGGAUUCCUUUGAGAGCAUCGAGAGCUUUGAGAGCUGUGACCGAUUGACCCAGUCAUGGAGCAGCCAGUCUUCAUUCAGCAGCCUGCAGCGGGUACCUUCAUACGACAGCUUCGACUCAGAAGACUACCCCACUGCCUUGCAUGGCCACAAGCCCAAGGGCACUUUCAAAGACUAUGUGAGGGAGCGCUCAGACCUCAGCAAGGAUAAACCUGUCAUCCCAGCAGCCGCACUGGCAGGAUACACAGGCAGCGGCCCCAUCCAGCUGUGGCAGUUUCUUCUGGAGCUGCUGACCGACAAGUCUUGCCAGUCCUUCAUCAGCUGGACAGGCGACGGCUGGGAGUUCAAGCUUUCUGACCCAGAUGAGGUUGCUCGGAGGUGGGGCAAGAGGAAAAACAAGCCCAAGAUGAACUAUGAGAAGCUAAGCCGUGGCCUACGCUACUACUAUGACAAGAAUAUCAUCCACAAGACAUCGGGGAAACGCUACGUCUACCGCUUUGUCUGUGACUUAAAAAGCCUGCUGGGGUACACACCUGAGGAGCUCCAUGCAAUGUUGGACGUAAAGCCCGAUACGGACGAGUGAAAGCAAAGAAGAAAAUGGAAGGGAAGACAAAAAUUAAGGAGCCUCGUGGACUGGGGCUCAGAAAGUGGUCUUAACUGUUUGAUAGAGUCGGUAAACUGUUUUUUUGGGGACCAAAAUGUUUUUAAUGACUCACUGUGGUCUUUGUCAACUUGGAGCUCCUGUCUCUUAGACCAUGUUUUAAAAAGAAGGCACAAACCAAAAGCCUGUAUUCAUACCCUGUUGCAUUUGAGAUGUGUGUGCGCGCAUGUGUGUGUGAGCGUGCGUAUGUGUGAUAUGUACCGGUAUUAUUUAGCAGCUCAAGGCAGAUGGAGCACUAUCGGGUAGCGUUCAGGUUCUGUUCUGCCUAAGUAGCACAGUGGGGAGACGAGGGGACCAAGACAGAAAGUCUGAGAGAACCGAGACAGAAAGAGUUCAAUAAAAUGACUCAUUUCAUUGUUGGGGUAAACAGAUAGCGGGCAGAAACUUCCCGCUAAGAGAAAAACGGUUGCCAAAAUAUAAAAACUGAACUAAGGAAGGUAUAGAGAGUUCUCAGCUUGGACCAAAAAGUGUUAUUUCUAAUUUGUUGUUUGAGGAGCGUAUGCUUGUGCCAGUAUUAUAUUAUUGAUGUUGAGUACACCCAAUGUUAACCUACCAGGCACAUAUUGAAAGUGUUUUUCUUAUGUUGUCAACGAAGGUAUUACAGUGGAACCAAACAUUAGAUGCCAAGUUUAACUGUUCUGUUCUCUAGGAGCCUUUAGCUGAAAUGUGCUGAUUCGUUAUCAGACAACACUAUAGACACUGGCCCUGUGUUUAGUAGGGUGUGAGGACCUGGUGAGAUUAGUCAUACCAUGAGCGUCUGAUACACAGACAACUGAAAGUAGCCGUUGCUUUAGAAACUGACGCUUUCACCUUUAUGUACAUGUUUGCCACCUUGGUAGAGACACAUAUUGUGACUGAAACUUAUGCAUUUUUGCAUAUACCACCAGUGUUAGAAAACUGUAGACAAUCUAUGUGGGGAAAUUCAGGAGUCCUUAAUAAGAAGAGUUGUUUAAUGUGCAGAUUAGAUGCAUAGUCUGUCAGCUCACUGUCUUUGUUAGUGUUGUUGCUUUAGAAGUGUUUGAAUAGUCUUCUGUCUGUACAAUAAAAUCACAAGUGAAAAAGUUUUACAAAAGAAUGUCAGAAUUGUUUUGUCUUUUGUUAAACAGUACAUUUUGGCCAUAAGGAAGCAGCUGCAGUAUGGUGUGAAGGUACAGUGUAGGAAAAAGGGACAGGCAAUAGAAAAAUGUUGACUAGAGAGAAUCAGAAGUUGAAUGGGAUUGAUGGUGACUGAAAGGAAUCUAUGGAUACUGCAGGUGAUGAUCACUUGUGAGGUCUGAUAGAGAAAGAUUGACAGAAAUUAUGCAAGUUGGCGCUGCUUGGAGGUUUGCAUUAAAUGGGUUGUGUACUUCUUUUACCACAGCCUUCAUGGUUGGCUGCAGCUUUCAGCUGAAACCUCAUGGCAAAUAGAGACAUUUAGGUCUAGUGGCAGACAUUUGUAUUUAAGUUUCAGGUUUGUGUGAUACUUAUCUAUGAACAAAAUAAUAUUCAGUUCAUAGUGAGUAACUCAUGUAUGAUUCCACCCAUAUUUGUGCAGUCAGCUCAGAAUACAUGCAUAAAGAUUUACUGGUUACAUUUGAGCAAAUUGGCAGCAGUUUCCUCCCAACAGUGGGAACAGUGGCUGUACGCUGGCCUUAUGGGAAAUGCCAAAGUGGAAUAUCAUCUUAGAAUACAAUGUUAUUGUUUACAGUGGCUGAAUGUUACCCAUAUGGAUGAAAAUAGCUUUUGAGAUGUCUAUUUGUACAGAUUGUAUUUCAUAAUGCUUUAUUGAGACCCAGAUUACACAAAUAAGCAAGAGACAAAGCAGGAAUAAUAACCAAAACCCAUGUGAGGUCUUUGGCCACGGUGCUUCGGGUAUCAUCCACAAUGUCGGAAGACAGGGACCAGACUUCUCUCAUGUUUUUGGAAAGUGUUGACUUUUCUUUUAUCUUUUGUUAAUUUGUUGGAAAGCACACAGCUUUAGGACAAAGAGAAAUGCAUUCGCUGACCUGGGUUUCCCACUGAGUGUAGAAAUGAGAUGCUGUAUAUGUUCAUAAUGUUUAGUUGGUAACAAGCUUGUCCACUAUCAUCAUCAUCAUCAAGCACUGACUCACGAUCCCUCACCCAUGCUCGUCAUCUGACACAAAAGAUUCAACAUAUUAAUUAGUAGUAACCUGCACUGUACUUUCAUUCUUUUUUGCAUGUUGAUGUCAAGGUUUGUUUGUUUUUUUUUGUUCAGGUUCUUUUUCUGUUGUCACUGUUUUAUGUUAGAGAGAGCUUUACAGAUUUUUAAACAUAAUUGUAAUGGUUGUCAGUGCCCUGGAAAAAGUUUUCUUUUUCUCCCCACACGAGGUCAUAAUAUUAGUAUCGUUGGCUUCAUAAGAUUAAUGUCCUAAAAGAAAACAUUAUGUUACCUAAAAUGUUAAUAUUUAGAAAAUUAUUUUGUCAGGAAAAUAUACUAUUGUUAAAUGUCACAGAUCACAAUCUACUGCAGGUCUUAUGUAUUAAUGAACCUUAGUUGGGCAAGUGUAUACACACCAGUAGUUUGUGGCAUAUGCAUAUCUCAGAAUGGAUUCAGAAGGAAAACCUGUUUUGUUUUGGAUGUUUUUUUUGUAUAUUUUAUAGUGUCUCUGUAUUUUUGUUAUGAGAUCAUUUUUAUUGUAUUUACUUCACAAACAUUUGAAUAUUUUUCAAUAAUUUAUAUUUUAUAAAAGACAAGAGACGCAGACAGCUGGUGCUUUCCUGGGAAUUUAAAGGUAGUGCAGGACAAAGUAAUGUAGCGAUUUGUUUUGUUUUUGUUUUUUAUUCUGUUUUAUAUAGAAAAUAGACCUGUCUGCUAGAGAAAAAAAGGCUGAUGCUGGCCCAUCAAUGAUUUCUGCUGGAAAGGUUUUAUAAACUGUAGCUUCUAUUUCUAAAAUGUACUUAAUGUACUUAAAAAUGUUAUAAAAUAUAUGUGAACAAAUAUUUCAUAA